UUCCAGUCUGUCCAGUCGCUCUGUCUGAGGCUCCCUCUGAUUGGCUGCAGAGAAAACGAACUCUUUUCAGCCCACCCACCGCUGAUUAUAGGGACUCUCGCAGACUCUCUUUCCUGCCUUGCAUUGAGUCUGGGACCUGGCCCUGGGGCUGAACGGCACACACAGAGCGCGCACCAUGGCAGCUACCCACAGCGAGUACAGAGGCUACCUGCGGAACACCGUCGACAUCGAGGCAGGGCAGCACCGCUUCCACCCGGUGCAGAGCUCGGAGCCCACUUACCGGCCGCUCCUAUUCGGGACCCUCGCUGUUAUGGGAUUGCUUCAGGUGGCUUCCAGCGUGGCGAUCUUAUUACACCUGACGGGUUACCUGCAAGAGGUAGAUUUGUCCACAGCCCCACAUCGGCCAAUAGAGGAAGUACAGACGGAGCCGGUGCUGAACGCGCUGAGAGACACGAGGAAAAAAGGACGGUGCAAAACCUUCAAAGAGAGCCUUCCAUCAGCUCAUCUACCAAUCGGAGAGACCAAGGAGUACUCAAAGAAGGGUCUAACGAAGGCCAUCACCAUUGACUGGGACGAGGAGCACGGAUACCGCAACAGAAUGGGCUACCAGAAGGGGAAACUGCUGGUGAUGGAGUCGGGUUUCUACUAUAUUUACGCCAAGACCUGCUUCCGCUACUACAGACCGGAGGAAAGCAGUCCGGCCGGGGUCCCGCCGGUGGAUGUUAGCAACACCCAGCUCAUCCAGUAUGUCUACCACGAGAGCAUCAAACAGAACAGCAAGUCUGUGGUGCUGAUGAAGACGGGCAGCACCAUGCGCUGGAACAUCACGACCUAUAACAUGUACUGCGCCCAGCAGGGCCGAGGGGUCCGGCUGGAUGAGGGGGACGCCUUGUACGUCAACGUGUCCAAUGCUUGGAUGCUGGACCCGGAGGGAGAAGGGACGUAUUUUGGGGCCAUAAAGUUGGGUAACUGAAAAUGAAACACGUGGGGAGCGGACAUGCUACUGAACAUUUGAUAUGCCAAAGAACCACUGUUAGCGAUUUAUAGUGUCGACUUGUCAAACGUUUUUGUAUCGUUCAUGUGUCGGUUUUUUUACAUUGCUCUUCACCAAAUUGCCGAAUCAUAUAUAUGAGAAAAAUAGUGGAAAAAGAUCGUCACCUUUUAACAUCUUGUCUUGCUUUUUUUAAAAGUAUGUGGUUGGUGUUGAGAAACGUCAAUACAUUUCAGUUCAUAUUACAACAUUUAGACUUAAGCACAGACAUGUGUUGCACUAAUUAAACAAAUCACGAGGGAGCGACUUAGGAAGUAAGUUUGUUGGCAAGAAGUACAGUGAGAAGGGAUUUAUCAAUGUUGAUUGUCGGGGGGGGGGAUGUCCAAAAAGAGCGUUGUAGCUGAUGCAGCAUCUGCUUGUACUCAGCAGAUUAUCACAGAAUAAAAAUAACUCCCAGUUCUGCCUCUGACCCACGGCAGUGAAUGCACAAAUGUUUUCCGGCAAGGUUUUGUGAGUGUGAACAAGGCGGGCGAUGAGGCGUCCUCGCAGUAAGUAACUCAACGGUAUAAUUAGAAAUAGGCCGUUAGACGGUGAGUUAUAUCACCCUCAACAUCUCUAAAGAUUCACUCUGACUCCGACGUUGUUUCUUUAAGCAACAAACGCAGUUUAAAAGGAAGGUCAUGUUUGUGUGUGUGUGUGUGUGUGUGUGUGAGUGUGUGUGUGUGUGCUCCAAAAACUCAACUUGCAUUCCAGUUUUUUUUGUCUUAAAGAGAUCUGAGAGUGGCCUGCUUCAUUGAAGGCAGUUACGCGACAAUGUCAUUUUGUCAAACCAGGGAGGGAAUGACAUCUGUUUGUUAUGUUUAUGACGAUCAACAAACGAUGCAGAUAGCUGGACUGUCUGACCAUAACUUACACAAAUAGACUUUUGUCUUCUUUAACUAGAGGAGCCGAAUUGAGUUUGGUUCAUCUUUAACUUAAGUUUUGUUUUUCAUUUGGCUCUUCAGUGAGGUAAAUGGGAAUAUGCACUAAAUAUUUAUUUAUUAGCUAUAGAAGUACAGAGACAGUUCAUUGUUACAGUGACCUUUCGGCUGUAACAAAUCAUUUAUAUUUUAUGUCUGUAUGACAUUCAUUAUGCAGCACUUAGAGGAAAUAGUAGACACGCUUUUUGUUAUUAAAACACAUGGGCUUCAUUUAAAAUUCCAUAUUUAUGUAUCUUGAUUUUGACAAUUCUGUGUGCACUUGCCUAGCCAAAAGCAAUAUGGAUAUAUUGCUUCUUCUACAAGAUACCUGUAAGAUCUUCAUCUGAUAGAUUCUUUUUCCAUUCAGUGUUUUUUUAUUUAUGUCUGUGUAUGUUUUAAUAAAAAAAAAACUACUUUUGUAACCGUGUUUCAUGUGUAUUGACAUUACCCGACUCAGGCUGGUGCUAUUGUUUGCGGUGAAGAGGAUUAGAUGACAGCCACCUUGCACUGAAACCCGACGAAAAGGCCACCCUGACUGUAAUAUCAUUGUGAUGUGCAAUCUGAUAAUCUCCGCAAUCUUUGGAAACUUCAACACCACUGUGGCCAAAAAAAGUGAAGUCACGCGCUGCUCCGGUCAGAGCGGCCCACCAACUUAUUACACUGAUAGGCUGUAUAGAAAAGAGCCGCCCACUGCUGCAGCGCCACUAACUCACAGCAGACACUUGGACCACAGCGCAGCGCGACCUGCAGAAUAAACAAGAAACAGACUGCAUGGGACGGGAGUAAUGACGAGUGUUUCAUUACUCCGUUUCGAUCAUUGUGGCGAUGGGGUCUCCCAUGAAGCCCUGCGACGUGCGCGCGAGUGAGAGAAACUGUUUUAAAGUUGGGACUCGGAGCCAAACUAUUUCUCUAUUGUCUGUACUUGGGCGUUCACCGGCAUAUGGCCAGAGAAUGGCUGGGGUUCACACGUUCGUGCUGUACGCCGGGACCUCACACGGCUUUCAGCUCAUUGUUCAAACGUAACUGAGAGUUUGACAUAAAAUCUGGGGUUUGCAGCAGAAACACUUGGCUUGAGGUGUACAAGGAGCUAAUUAGCUUUGACAUGGUUUUCAUUGCCAUAUUUUCUUUAACUGACUGCAAAAGUGUACCAUUUUAUUGGCCUUCAUGUCUUUGCAAAAACGAACACUUUUUUUUUUAAGGGAAAUGGUUCACGUGUCCCCUAAAAUAAUUUUUUUGAGAACGAUUGUAUGCACACAACAGCUUGCACUUGCACAAACAAUUCAGCUGUGGCGUCCAUAGACCUGCUCAGUUUGAGAUUUAAAUAGCUGAAGCCAUAAGUGUAAACAAUGGACGAGCGUAGUGUGCCACCCUUUUGAAGUGACUUGAUUUCUCAAUUCUUGGCGCUGAACAAGAAACCAUUAAAAUGUGUUGUGUCAGUAAACAUUAUGGAAAGCUUGGCGUCCACUGGACCCCCACACACACACACACUCGACACAUAUACGCACAUCCGUACACACACACACACACCUACACUCACACACACACACACACACACGCAUAGACAGAGAAGCUUCACUUGCUUGCUGCACUCAGUGGUUCGUAAAAUAGGCCCAUUUGGCACAAGUGCAGAACUUACCGACUUAUUUUAUUACUCACAUGUGUAAAAACACAGGAGGCUAUGAAAAGCAAUGGCCCAAUCCAUGUCACAGUAGGUAUGGAUUUGAACUAUUACAGUGAAUGACACGGAUUGCUGACUUGUGUUUUUCGCUCCUGCCUGCUGCUCUUCACAUGUUCCAUGACACUCUGUUUGCAGAUGAGAGACUUUAUUCGUGUCCUCUAUGGUUUCGUGAUGCUGCAUCUCCGUCAGACAGUCUUUUAAAGGGGUGGAGCUGUUGAUUCAGAAAAACAAAGUCAUGUGUUGGAAAA